GCAGUCAAUACAAGAAUGUCCGUGCCCUGUGAGGGAGGCUGAUAGACAAGCGGACUAGCCGUUCCGUAUGUGCCGUCACUUGUCUGCAUUGGAUCGGAACACAAUCCGCACUCCCCCCGGUCAUUGCUUUGGUACAGUCCUAGUCGUGUGAUGACGCGGAAGUUCCUGUUUGCAGUAGGUGCUGUAUAGUUGCCUGACUGAUACACUAACUGAGGCACCUCACGAAUACACCCCGGGGAGAGUGAAAGGCGCCCAGCUGAGGGCAGUUUCCUUGUUGUCACCAACACUAAGAAGACGCAAUGGCCUCCGCCGACGAUUUUAAGUUUCACGAAUUUGAUGAAGCGUCUGACUUACUGGCUGCUGAUCCAAACGCCACGACAAAGAGCCUGGGGGAGGAGAGCCGGCCACAGCAUGCCACUCUGCUCGUGGGCGGGGACAGCGAAGAGGAGGAGGGCGAGUCAGACCAGACUGAGGUUCUGGACAGGGUCCGAGGCUCCAUUCUGCCCAUUCCAGGGAAGAACUUUGUUCGGAAUCAUCUGAGGAACAACCCUGAUCUGUAUGGACCGUUUUGGAUCUGUGCUACACUAGUAAUAACAGUAACGAUCAUGGGCAACCUGGGAACUUACAUGCGCCUACACGACCAGAAAGGCUACAAGUACAGCCCCGAGUUCCACAAAUUGUCCGUGGCCGGGGUGACGAUAUACAGUUACGCAUGGGCAGUCCCUUUGGGUCUCUGGGGUUUCUUACAGUGGAGGAAAGGAGUGAGCCCUGAAGUGGGUUCUUAUAGCUUUAUGGAGACUGUGUGCAUUUAUGGCUAUUCUCUCUCCGCCUACAUCCCUGCUACGGUUCUCUGCGUGGUCCCUUUUGAAAUCUUCCGGUGGAUUUUGAUCCUUGUGGCUACGGGUCUGUCCAGCCUUGUUCUUGUCCUCGCCUUUUGGCCUCAUAUCCGAAGAGACAACAAGGUGGUGGUCAUCUCGUUGGUGGCCGUUAUGGUAGCGCUGCACGUGCUGUUGGCUGUGGGUUGCAAGGUGUAUUUCUUCAGGCAGCCGGAGAUAAGUGACCCCGUCGUCCCUGUUGCAAACACCACGGCUCAGAAAAUAAUUCAAGUCACCAAUUAGCACCGCACCUCAACCUUCCACAGCGUGAGAGUCAGGCCUGGCUUUCGGCAAGUGAAGGAUUCUGCCCUCCUGAGCCGGAGGGUAUUUAUGCUCUGUGAGCCUGUUCUAAGGCCCAUAACGGACGCAACCCCCUCAACUCCCCCAUUGCUCACCUCUAGGGGUCUCACGUAGGAGCAAAGCAAUAGUAACGGAAGGGCUUUCUUUUCUCUCGUGAGUCUCUUCUCUAUAGUUUUCUGAUUGAUAAAGAUUUCUUCUAUGGUUUUGGCUAAUAAAGGGUCAUUAUAAGGA